AUGGCUGGCAAGGUGCAAAACAUAGAAGUGUUGGGUUUGUGCAAGGUGCCCCCAGAUAAGGACCAUUUGUUAGUAUCAUUUUGUUCCGGAGAGGUUCGUGUUUUGGCAAAUGAAGUUGUAAAAGUUAUUCCUUUAGACAGGGGACAGCAUGUCCAGCUGAAACCAGAUGUCAAAGAGCCCAGACCGUCUUUUAGUUCAAUGUUAGCAACAUUUCUCCGACAUUUGCAGGAGAUACCAUGGAGCCCUCCUGCAAGUCCUGAUGAUGGUUUAGCUGAAUGCUCUGGAUCAAAUGUGACAGAACCGUCUCCUGUAUCCCACUCAGAAGUUUUUCACGCUAACCCCACCCUUCUGCAUAGACUUGUGUCCGAAGGGGAUGUACACGGUGUUAGAGAUCUGCUUGAAAAGGCUGCAGCAGAAAGUGAUAACAGCGCAGUAUUGUCUUUAUUAGAAGCUCAAAAUGCUGACGGCCAAACUGCUCUCCAUUUGGCCUGUAGACGUGGUAGUGCAGAACUUGUUGAUGCCAUUUUGGAGCAUCGAGAGGCGAAUGUGGAUGUCUUGGACAAAGAUGGGGAUCCUCCUCUUGUUUUUGCUUUAGUUGCUGGAUCCCCAGAAUGCGUUCGUGCUCUCAUUAACAGAGGCGCUAAUGUGAGAUCUAGGUUGCGGGAAGGCUUUGGCCCGUCUGUUGCUCAUGUCUGUGCCUAUCAUGGCCAGCCUGAUUGUAUGCGUGAGUUACUAAUGGCUGGGGCAGAUCCUAAUGCAGUGGAUGAGGAAGGUGAAUCUGUACUACAUAGAGCUGUUGCCAAGAAAUACAGAUUGUGCACUUGUCGUUUUGGAAAAUGGGGGCUCUAG